CUUGGGCUUCUUUUUUGUCUUUUUUUUUCCUUCCUUUUUUAUCCGUUGCUGCCAGUUUCAUCAUGCUCGAUCUGUUUACCAUCUUGACCAAAGGUGGUUUUGUGCUUUGGCAACGCAAUUUUGCACCUUUAGCAGGCACACCCGUCGACGCACUCAUACAAAACGUUCUAAUUGAAGAACGCGCAGGCACUGACUAUUACAUAAAAGACAGUUAUGCGCUCAAAUGGACAUUUGCCAAUGAAGUCGACCUCAUCUUUAUCGUGGCGUAUCAAAAAAUUCUCCAGCUAGCCUACAUCGAUGAACUUCUGGAGACCGUGAAACGGCUCUUUACCGAUACUUUCGCCGAUGCGCUUCAAGUGGAUCAAGGCAUUCACGGAGACUAUUCAUCGUUUAAUCCUUUAUUCAAUAAAGUACUAUUGCAAGUCGAAGACAAGUACGCGUCGAACCGUUCAAGAGCGCCGCGUCGAUUCGAGGAAACCAAGAAAUACGAGAAUACCCUGAUGGGAUCAAAAGCAAAUACAAAUGCUGGAAAUGCACCGUCGGUCUUUACAAAUACGAAUAGAUCGGUCGAUGAAGAUGAGAUUACGAAAAAUAUCAAGGCUCUAAAACUUCAAGCGAGUCCUCGUAUGGGUGGCAAAAGCCGGAAAUCCGGGAAGGGAUCAGCUAAAACAGCUUCGAAUGCAUCACCUACCUUGUCCGAUGACACUGCCGGGAAAAAGAAGAAAUCGCAAAAACAACUACGUGUAUGGGAUGGACAAAUUGCAAAGGGCGAAAUGGAAGCAUUAGACUAUUCUAAUUCGGGCAACAACACUGUUAAUGCAGACGAAGCAAGCGUCAUGGCCCAGUUUGUGGAUGAAAGCAAACUUGGAAAAAAGAACAAGCAGGGUAUCUAUGAAGUUCAGGAUGUCGAAGUGGAAAUUGACGACGAGGAUGACGAAGACAAUGAUGACGAGGACACACCCGUCCACGAAGCAUCCACCAACACCGGUGGCAUGUUUUCCUUUCUGAAAAACAUUACCGGACAACGGGAAUUGGAUGCCCAGACCUUGGAUCCCGUGCUGGCGACGAUGAAGGAACACUUGAUCAAUAAGAAUGUUGCGAGCGACAUUGCUGAACAUUUAUGCCAAAGUGUAAAGACUAGCUUAAUGGGAAAGAAACUGGGCAACUUUGAAAGAGUCUCCACUGCCGUACGAAAUAGCAUGGAAGCCGCCUUGAAACGCAUCUUGACACCCAAAACUUCACUGGAUAUUCUUCGCGAUAUUGAACAAUCAAGAGCCAAUAACCGACCCUACACUAUUACUUUUAUCGGUGUGAACGGCGUAGGAAAAUCAACAAAUCUUAGCAAAGUGUGCUUCUGGUUAUUACAGAACAAUUGCAAAAUCUUGAUUGCAGCAUGUGACACUUUCCGCAGUGGGGCUGUGGAACAGCUUCGUGUCCAUGCUCGUAAUCUACGGGCCCUUCAAACGAGUGGAGGAGGUAUCGUCGAACUCUUUGAACGCGGGUACGGCAAAGACUCGGCCGGUAUUGCUAAGGAUGCCAUCAGUUACGCGACUGUGAACCAUUUUGAUGUGGUACUUAUCGACACAGCCGGUCGUAUGCAAGAUAAUGAACCUUUGAUGCGAGCAUUAUCGAAAUUGGUGUCUGUGAACAAUCCCGACAAGAUCAUCUUUGUGGGUGAAGCGCUCGUUGGUAACGAGGCCGUGGAUCAGCUUACCAAAUUCAAUCAAGCCCUGAAAGAUUUCUCCGGGCUGCAAAAUCCGCGACACAUCGAUGGCAUGAUCCUCACCAAAUUCGAUACCAUUGAUGACAAAGUGGGCGCGGCGUUAUCGAUGACCUACAUUACUGGUCAACCUAUCUAUUUCGUAGGAACUGGCCAGACAUACACCGAUCUUAAAAACCUUAGAGUUACCCAUGUUGUGAAUAGUCUUCUUCGUCAGUGAGACAAAAAAAAACCAAAAAAAAAAGCAAAACAACAUAAAAAAGGACAGGAACUUGUAUUUAUAUGCUUAGUUUUAUACAGUAUUAUUUCGUUUGCUAUUACCAAAAAAAAAUCUAACCAAGUUGUUCGUUUGUCACUCCUUCUCUAUUUCAAUUGGGAUUAAC